AUGAUUGUCACCACAUGUGGAUCAUCUUGUAAAAGAAAAGACAAGCUACGGCAGCUUGAGCAUGAAAAACUUGUCGAAGGUAUAGAAAGUGGAGAAAUUAAAAGUGGAAGAGGUUUAAAUCAAGAGACGUGUUUAAAGCGACCAGGCGACACUCGAUGGGGGUCACACUUCACUACUUUGCUUCGUUUAAAAAGCAAGUGGUUGUCGAUAAUUGAAGUGCUUGAAAAUGUGCUUGAAGAUGGUUCUAAUCCUGAUAAUAGAGGUAUAUCAAAAACAUUGGUCAUGAGGAUGGUGAGCUAUGACUUUGUUUUUAUUUUACACUUGAUGAUAGAGUUGCUUGGGACAACGAAUGAUUUGUCAACAAUUCUACAAUUUGGGGAUCAAAAUAUUGUUCAAGCUACAUCUUUGAUUGAUACCACCAAAAGGACUUUGCGAGAUUUGAGAGAGAAUGGGUGGAAUGAAUUCUUGGGACAAGUCGAAGAGUUUUGUGUGGCUAACUCCAUUGACGUCAUUAGUAUGAAUGAUGCCAUCAAUCAUCGUGUGCGUAUGAAGCGGGAUGGGCGCGUUACUAAUUAUCAUCAUUACAAACUAGAGAUUUACUGUCAAGUUCUUGAUUUACUUACUCAAGAGAUGGAGAAUCGUUUUCCGGAAAUAAACAUAGAAUUGCUUACUUGCAUGAAUUGCCAAAACUCAUUUGCUAGCUUCAAUGUGGACAAGUCGGUUCGUCUUGCAGAACUUUGUCCGGCUGACUUCUCAUCUAUUGAAUGCAUGUCUCUUCCAUAUCAACUUAAAACUUAUAUCAAUGAUAUAGUUGAUAAAGUUGAGUUCUCCAACAUUGAAGAUUUGGGAAAUUUAGCAAAGAUUUUGGUUUCUACCUCAAGAGAUAAAGCUUUCCCAUUGGUGUACCGUUUGAUUGAGUUGACACUGAUCCUCCCGGUUGUAACAGCUUCUGUCGAGAGAGUAUUUUUUUCCAUGAAACUUAUUAAGACAGAUUUGCGCAAUAGAAUGGGAGACGAAUGGAUGAAUGAUAUCAUGGUGGUACACAUUGAGAGGGGAAUUUUUAAAAAAAUUGGAAAUGAGACUAUUCUGCGGCGAUUUCAAGACAUGAAGAAUCGUCGAAAACAGUUAUCAUCUAGUGUGUCUUAA